AUAGAAAUUGAGGUUAAGCAGCAUUAAAUUGAAUGGGUUGGCUUGCUUGCUUCAAACAAAAGAUCACAAAUUAGGUGGUGCCUUCACAUCCCACCAGCAAAUUUGCUGCUCCCCUUGGCCUUUAUACUUUCUUUAGCUUCAAGAAAUGACUUCAUGCACUGCAGCAAAGGAAAGCAGAGACAGCUUCUCUAUUGAGGAACAGAAGUGAGAUGAAGUGGGUGACUAAUAAUGAUAGCUCAACCAAAAGGCAUCAUCACCACCGCACAGCAAGCCUUAGCCAAUUCGACCGUUGUGCUCCCGCGCUUUUAAAACUGUCACCAACCGCAACCUUCCCCCUUCAACUCCGCCCCCAUUAUUAAGUAGUAGAACUCUCUCUAUCUGUUCCCCGUCGCGGUUGUCCCCUCUUUGCCGCCUCCUCUUUGAGCCAAAUCCUUAAGAGGAACGGAACAUGGGCUCGUUCGACCGACCGAGGAAGAGGAUCCAGCUGUGGAAGAAGGCCCUCAUCCACUUCGCCUUGUGCUUCGUGAUGGGCUUCUUCACCGGCUUUGCCCCCGCGAGCACCGCCUCCAUCUUCUCCCGCCGUAUUGGCUCCUCUGACCGGCCGACGAAGCCCGUGCCUGCCUUGGAGAAGCUCGCCGACCCUGGCAUCGCCAACCGGAGCAUAAUGGCUGAGAUUCCAGUGGGAGAAUCUCCUGAGCCGCAUUUGGAUCGGCAACUGAUCAUCAUAACGACGACUCGCUCCGACGACAGGCUGCAAGAGGCAUUCUUGAGGAGACUGGCCUGCACCUUGAAGCUGGUGCCCCCGCCGCUGCUCUGGAUCGUUGUCCAAGCCCGUGCCGCAGCCCCCGUGACGGCCGAGAUGCUGAGGAAGACCGGCGUCAUGUACAGGCACCUGACGUUCGAGAAGAACUUUACUGACCCGGCGGCGGAGGCCGACCACCAGAGGAACGUGGCGCUGAAUCAUGUGGAGUAUCACCGGCUUGCCGGGGUCGUUCACUUCGCAGACGCAUCCAACGUCUACGAUCUCGAAUUCUUCGAAGAGAUCAGACAGAUUAAGGUUUUUGGGACUUGGCCAUUGGCGACGGCAUCGGCAAACAGGAGGAGAGUGGUGGUGGAUGGGCCGGUUUGCAGCUCUUCCAAGGUCGUGGGAUGGCUCUUCAAGGACUCGAGCAAUGACAAAGCCACUGUUAGGAGUCCGAUGACCGAUGCCGACAUGAAGGGGAAAUCUCUACAGAUCGACAUAUCAGCCUUUGCGUUCAAUAGUACGAUUCUGUGGGAUCCUGAGAGAUGGGGCCGCCCCACAUCGGUGCCCGACACAUCGCAAGACUCAAUGAAGUUUGUCCAAAAGGUAAUACGAGAAGAUGACAUCAAGUUGAAAGGCAUUCCUGCUGAUUGCUCCAAGAUCAUGCUGUGGCAUCCUUACAGACCAAGGGUCAUCCCUCUGCCCUUCCAAAAUCCAAGGUAAAGCUAAAUAAGAACCAUAGAGACCACCCAUUGUUACUUUGCCCUUUUCUUGUAAUCAUCCUCUAUUUUGAUUGAGGGUAUCAGUCAUCUUCCAAGCAAUAUUAUUUAUUGCAAGUUCCUGAAGUUGCGCUGUUAUAAAGUAAGAGAGAGAGAGAGAGAAACAGAACGGGUGGGAAUUUAUUGCUUGUUGACUGGUGUCAGAUAUAUAUAAGUAGACUCUCAAGGCAUGUAUAGGGGAAGGAAAUCUAAGUUAGUAUGUGAUCCAAGAAUUGUCUUAUAGCAAUAAUGCAAUACAAGAUGAUUGAAGAAGAUUAUAUAUUUUACUGAAA